GAAGGCGGCAGUUAUGUAUCCCUUUAUUUAUUUUUUUACUGCCUGCAGUACGAAACACGAUUUUUACAUCCCGGAGUACUCCUUUAAUGGAAGAACAAUUGUCUGCAAUAGCCAUGGACCCUCAGGACUGUAACUGUGCACCAGGGGCUUCCUGUUCCUGCGGAGGGUCCUGCACAUGUCGCAACUGCAAGUGUACAUCCUGCAAAAAAAGCUGCUGCUCCUGCUGUCCGGCUGAGUGCAGUAAAUGCCGCCCGGACUGUGAGUGCACAAAGGGGACCUGCAGCUGCUGCCAGUGACCACCGCACAAUGACAACUACAACAAGGACCGAUCAUCUCUUAUCAUCUAUCCUAUGUACAAUGACCGGCAACGGGAUCUUAUGUGUUUCCAUUAACGUCAUGUUAUACCUAUAAUAAAAAGAUUUCCUGUACCCUCCAUACUUAUCAAUGGGAUAAAUCCAAAACUUCUGUUGUUCAUUUUCUGUACUCAAUCAUACUCUACCUUAUAUCUCUUUAUGGCAAA